UUCGAACACCAUUCGAAGUUGCGCGGCGGCCUGUUGCGUUUAGUUUAGUUGCCGUGUGCGCCAACCGGCCGGAACCUUUUAAACCACCGCGAGCAUCGCGCAGUGCACACGUCCACGAAUAACACAACAAUAAUGCGCGGCCAGCACAAGCGGCAUCGAUCGAUCUCCGAAUAUCGACUCGCAAACGCGUAACCAAAGUGAAACAAGUGAAGCAUCGUCAGCGUACCUGGAUUACCUGCGAGAGUGGCGUGGCGCGCGCGUUGCGCUUACCUGUGAUUGCCACCCGAGACUGGAACGUGGAGCCAUUUUAGAAGAAGUGAUCUUCUUGCUCGCGUGCGCUGCUUCAUUUGUUUGUUGUUAACUUAAAACAGUUGGACAUCGACCUGUGGAAUACACAUAGGAUUAAGUGCGUGCAUACUCACACGCACGCAGUGUGGCUGGUUUCGAUUGUUUGGUGGGUGCAUUGUGCGACGUGCAUGCAUAUGUGCAGUGAAAAAGUGCAGAAAGGAAAAUGAAGUGGAGGACAUGCUCGAGUGCCGUGGCUGCAGCGGCAGCGGUGCUGUUGUGCGCGAUGGCCGUUCACAGCGCGGGUUCUUCGGGAUUCAGAGAGUUCGAAGGUAAUAAUAUGGAGGAAGAUGUGCCCUACGCAAGAUUAAAACAAGCCCCCCGAAUGGGCAACACACACAAACCCACUUUUAUCCACUGUACGCAAUACGCUCCCUCGAUAAAAGAGCAACAACCUAAGGGUGAGCACGUAAUCACAGUGGAGGCGACAGACGAGGAUUCUCUCGAAGAAGGCGGCCGUAUUACCUACUCCAUCAACAGACGCGAUGGUGAUCGCAUGUACUUCAAAAUAGACAACACCACCGGGCGCAUCACCACAAACUACGAGUUUGACCGCGACGAGCCCAACCGGGUGAAAGAGAUCUACAUCACGGUGCAGGCCACCGACAACGGCCGCCCCGCUCUUACAGAUAUCUGCACCUUUAAGGUCAUCAUCACAGACAUCAACGACAACACGCCCAGUUUUGAUCAGGUGGACUACAACGAGAAGGUCUCUGAAGACCUGCCCAAAGGUGCUGAAGUGAUGAGAGUUGUAGCGUAUGAUAUUGACGAUGGAGACAAUGCAAAACUCACCUAUGAGAUCAAAAAUGACUUCAGCGAGAGCGGCAAUGAGUUCAACAAGUACUUCCAGAUUGAUAGCGAAUCAGGGGUGUUAACACUCAAAGAACUCUUGAAUAAAAAGGAAGGAACUGUUUUUCAAUCGUAUGUUGUAGUCAGAGAUAACCCGAUUGAUCCUCAUGAAAGAAAGGAACAUCAAGCACAAAUUAAGAUUACUGUCGUUGGUUCCGAUAAGAAACCACCAUCUUUUCUUCAAUACCCACAGUCUAAGACUAUGAUCAACGAGAACUUCAACAGUUUCAAUUCUCCUGUGGUCAUUUUGGAUGCAGUGUCUAACAUUGACGACACCUCGGUACUCUUUGAACUUGUUCGAGGGUUAACCACUCAAACAAACAAGGAUUACACUUUUCAAUUGGAGCAGCAGGAUACAAAAGCUUAUAUUAAAGUUGCGAGAACACUGGACUAUGAAACCGUAACCGAUUAUCAGUUGACUGUAAGAUGUACUAACAAAGACUCCUGGUCUGUGAUUAGAACGAUUGAUAUUGGUAUCGUGGACGUAAAUGACGAAAUCCCCAAUUUCAUCGAAUUCUUCAGAGGUAGUGUCUUGGAAAAUGAAGACCCCGGCGCAGAGGUAAUGCAGGUACGUGCCGUUGAUAAAGAUGGCACCUCCGCCAACAAUAUUGUAUCCUACGAACUUGUUGACCACAAAGACUUAUUCGAAAUCAAUCCGAACACUGGUAAAGUAAUCACGAAAGUAAGUUUUGAUCGUGAGAAGCAAAGUGUUUACGAUGUCAACAUCAUGGCGAAAGACAAUUCACCUUCGGCGUUAACCGGAAAACCCUUCAAUUCCGCAUCGCAAACAUUUAGGAUCACCAUCGAGGAUAUCAACGACAAUAAACCGCGUUUUGUGCAUUCACAUUACGUCGCCGAGAAGAUUCCCGAAAAUUCUGAUAUAGGGAAGGAUGUAAUUGAGGUUAAGGCAGAAGAUGAAGACACUGCAUCAUUGAUUCAUUAUAAAAUCAUCGACGGUAACAUUGGCGAUGUUUUCAUGAUCAUGAACACCACUGGUCGAAUCAAAGUACAUAAAAAACUGGACUUUGAGAAGAUAGAGAAUUAUAAUCUGACUGUGGAGGCCAACGAUGGUGUUUCUGCAGAUACCGCUGUGGUGUACAUUGAAAUUUUGAACGUGAAUGAUGAAUUACCAGAGUUCUAUCCCUACGAUGGUAAUAUCACGAUACCGGAAGAAGUGGUGCCGACCGAGUGCAUCAUUGAGUUAAGAGCGUAUGAUCCUGACAUCAAGGAUAAGGAGGCUGAUCAAAAAAUUGUUUAUAGAGUUAUCAAAAACAAUGACUUUUUAACCGUUGAUGAAUAUGGUUGCGUGAAACUAGCCAGGCCUUUGGACAGAGAUCGUCCCAAUGGAUACCCUGUAUAUCAGGGAUACAUCUACGCGCAUGACGAUGGCGAUGGUCCAAAUUCCAACUCGCGAGCUGCUGAAAUCUUCAUUGAAUUGAAAGAUAUCAACGACAAUGCUCCGUUUUUGAAUGUCACAGAAGUGGUGUGGUAUGAAAAUAGGUCACCUGGUAUAAUAACGCAGUUGCAAGCUGAUGAUUACGAUAGUCCCAUCAAUGGACCACCAUUCUCCUUUCAAAUUGCAUCGGAUGCCGGCGAGGAAAUCAAGCGUUUGUUUUCCGUUGAUCCAGUAGAAAAAGUAAUACGAGCCAAUGAGAUGUUUGAUCGUGAGGAACGCAAGUAUUAUAAUGUCCGGAUUGAGAUCACCGACAGCGGUACUCCAUCUCUAACAGGCAUAGGAGUCUUGAAGGUCAUCAUCGGGGAUGAAAAUGAUAACGCAGCGCAAGAUGGCGAGAGUAAUAUCUUCGUUUACAACUUCAUGGGCAACUCUCCCAAUAUGGUUAUCGGGCGUGUGUUUGUAGAGGAUCCCGAUGAUUGGGAUCUGGAUGAUAAGAACUUCCGAUGGCAUCAUCAGGAUAACCAAUUUGAUCUAAACACUGAAAACGGAGAGAUUACGUUAUUACACGGUGCACCCGAAGGUAUUUAUAACCUAGAGUUUAUUGUUACCGAACAACAUCCGCCAUUGAUCAUUGAUAACGUGGUCAAAGCCAAAGUAACUGUAACAGUUAAAGAGUUACCUGAAGAAGCUGUCCUGAAAUCUGGAUCUAUCCGAAUGACAAAGUGUUCCGCAGAGGAGUUCAUCACUAAAGAUGGUGUUGCUAUGAGCAAAAAGGAUAUCCUUCAAAAACACCUCUCUGAGGUAUUAAACACCAGCGUUGAUAAUGUAGAUGUAAUUACAGUAAUACCCACGCCUAAUAACGAUUCAACAAUUGAUGUGAGAUUUGCUGCGCAUGGUUCACCAUACUAUGAAGCAGAGAAGUUGAACUAUCGUGUAGCGAACAGUUCAGUUGAUCUGGAGAGGAAACUCGGGGUGGAUUUUGUUAUGAUUGAUAUCAACGAGUGUUAUGAGGAAACAUGCCCUGAGAAUUGUUACAAUAACCUUGCAGUUCACCAGGAACCAGCGGUUAUCUUAACAAAUCGCACAUCGUUCGUAGGUGUGCGAGCAUUGGUUGAACCCGUGUGUGGGUUGAGACCCACUCCAAUCACAUGUCUAAAUGGUGGGAUUUUACUGGAAGACACUGUGUGUUCAUGUUCCGAUGGGUUUGAUGGACCUAGGUGUGAGAUUCUUGGUAUUGGUUUCUCUGGCAACGGAUGGGCUAUGUAUGAUAAUUUCGAUGCGACGCUCAGGACUGAGAUUAGUUUAGAAUUGACAACGCAACAGGAGAAUGGGCUUGUGUUCUAUGAGGGACCACAGUUUCCUCAUCCACCAUCACUAACAUCAGAUUUCAUUUCUUUGGAGUUGAAAAACGGUUACCCUCGAUUACUCCUUAGUUAUGGAGGUCCUGAGGUUACGGAAGUGGUGUUGGACUUUAAAAAACUCAACGAUGAUAUGAACCAUAACAUCAGAAUUAAUUUACAACCUAAGGAAAUUUUAUUGUCGGUGGACGAUUGUCACAAGAGCAGUUGUCAAGUGCUGAAAGCACCAAAGGGUGAAGCUCGCUUCCUGAAUGUUAAUGGUCCCCUGCAGGUGGGCGGUAUUGCUGGCAAUAUUAAACAAAUUGCGACCGUUGCUGGUUGGACGCAUGUGCCUACCCACUACGGAUUCAGCGGAUGCAUUCGCAAUCUUACCUUCAACGGGCAGGUGUGGAAUUUGGGCCAGCCGGGUGAAGCCAUCAAUGGGUCCCCCAACUGUUUGUACAGUGUGGCGCGCGCUGUCUCCUUCCGCAUUGACUCAAACUUUUUGGUCGCCAUCUUGGUUUGCAUCGCUAUACUGAUAAUUCUUCUGUUAGCCGUGGUGGUUCACCGUAGAAAACAUGAUAACUGGCCUGAUAAGGACAAUGAUGAUAUUCGAGAGACAAUUAUUUCUUAUGAGGACGAAGGCGGCGGCGAAGUGGAUACUGGUUUUGAUAUGAGUGUACUGCGUCGUGUGCAGGACGAAGAGUACGCUACCAAAGAGCCGAUCAAGAUGCCUGAGGUACCUGAUAUCUCCGGGUUUCUCGGACACAAGAAAGACAACUGCGAUCGCGAUCAGAACAGCUAUCCAUUUGACGAUGUACGUUAUUACGCGUAUGAAGGCGGCGGUGACAGCAACAGCCAAGGAUCACUUUCGUCACUUGCUUCAUGUACUGAUGAUGGUGAUUUGAAAUUCAACUACCUGUCAAGUUUCGGCCCGCGCUUCCGGAAACUAGCGGAUAUGUACGGUGAGGAUCCCAGCGACGAGGAUAGCCAAGAUGGCGGCGAGGAGUCGUGGUGUGUAAACGUUGAAUACGUAAGUUGGUUGCAAACUUACUUAUCUAUUCAAUGGUGCAAGAUGGGAUGGCCGCGCCGAAAUAACCGCACGUCUUUGUUCUGUCGCGCGACGCGCCCGAUUGCGGAUGCUCUCGGCGACAUGUCCAGCGCCACGGCUGCCGCCGCCGCCGCCAACCCCGGCCCGAUGAAGAUGCCGUUGUCGCGCAGCACAUUCAUCCUGCUCUCGACGCCGCCACCGCCACACGCGCAUCCAUACGAAAACGGCAAGCCGCCGCCACCGACGGCCAAAGAACCACCGCCACCAGGCAUGCUUCCUGAGCUGCCGAACGCGUGGGGCCGCCCAGCCGCUAAGAUGCCCUCGCCGCCCACAAAUGCCGCCGCCGCCAACGGCACGCCGCAGCACCAUCCCCAGCAGCCGCCCUCGCAACAGCAGUCGCCCGCGCAGCAGGCCUCGCCGGCGCCGCUCGCCAACCGCAAGACCAUGGUCGCCACUCCCGAACAGGUGAUGAAAAUGUACAAGAACAAGCUCACGCCGUAUGAGCACCGCGAGAUCUACAACUACCCGGCCAUCUACUUCAUUGGGGCCAACGCAAAGAAGCGUCCUGGUAUUAUUGGCGACCCAUACAAUUGCGAUUACGACAAUGACCAAGGCUCAUACAUUCAUAUCCCGCACGACCACGUAGCAUACCGUUACGAGGUGCUGAAGGUAAUCGGCAAGGGCAGCUUUGGGCAAGUGGUAAAGGCAUACGACCACAAGUGUCACGUGCACGUGGCUCUUAAAAUGGUGCGCAACGAGAAGCGUUUCCAUCGACAGGCGCAGGAAGAAGUGCGCAUCCUCGAGCACCUACGAAAGAAAGAUAAGGACAACGGCAUGAAUAUCAUCCACAUGCUCGACUCGUUCACAUUUCGUAAUCACAUGUGCAUCACGUUUGAGCUGCUCUACAUCAACCUCUACGAGUUGAUCAAGAAGAACAAGUUUCAGGGCUUCAGUAUUCAGCUGGUGCGAAAGUUCUGCCACUCGCUGCUGCAGUGCUUGGAUGCGCUGCACAGCUACAAGAUAAUUCACUGCGACAUGAAGCCAGAGAAUGUGCUGCUCAAGCAGCAGGGUCGCAGUGGCCUCAAGGUUAUUGAUUUUGGUUCGUCGUGUUACGAAGACCAAAGAGUCUACACCUAUAUCCAGUCACGAUUCUACCGUGCACCGGAAGUGAUAUUAGGCGCCAGAUACGGUAUGCCUAUCGACAUGUGGUCGCUGGGCUGCAUACUUGCUGAACUCCUCACGGGAUUCCCACUUUUACCCGGUGAGGACGAGGCUGAUCAGCUUGCCUGCAUCAUGGAACUGCUGGGAAUGCCCCCGCAACGCUUGCUGCGUCAAUCAAAACGCGCUAAAAAUUUUAUCUCCUCCAAAGGCUACCCGCGUUACUGCACCGCCUCCUUUCACGUGGACGGCACGGCGAUCCUCACCGGUGGUUUAUCACGGCGAGGAAAGCCGCGCGGUCCACCAGGCUCAAAAGAGCUCAAGCGAGCUCUCAAAGGGUGCGAUGAUCCGCUUUUCAUCGACUUUAUUCGGCGGUGUCUUGAAUGGGAUCCCGAAUUGCGGAUGACGCCACACGCGGCGCUGAGGCAUGCGUGGUUGCGACGCCGUUUGCCGCGACCACCCGACGACGAUUCCGCCAAGACGGCCGUCACGUCCGGCCCGGGCGGUGUGCGGACGCCGGUGAGCUCCACAGUGCGCGUGCAGCUGAGCGACGAACGCUCCGCAACUCUGCAUUCACAGCACAGCAACCACUCCGGUAAGCUGCCGCCGAUUUCAUAGCCAUGACACGGCCGCCGGAGCCGCCCGAGCAGCCGUCGCAGCCGCCACCCACUACUCCGAUAUGUGAUUAUUUUAGAUUAGUCCGCGCGGACGCAGACGCACCACUCAAGACACUUUCUCACACCUCCACCCCAUUUACCCCGACCGAGUUUAGUUAAUUGUUGUAAUGUUUUUAGUUAGUAGUUUUCGAUGCAGACGCGCGCAGAACUGAACAAUGCCGACGACGUCGUUUUAAUUAGUUUUUACUAGGACUAGUAUUAACAUACUUAAAAUCUCUUGAAUCUUGAUUAAAUUAUUAGGAACAAAGAGCGACAAAACACUUCUUAUGAAGAGCUCGCACUCAUCUUUAAACACCCACACACACACACACAUUACUAAUCUUUGCCAAACAGGUGUUCAGACUGCAGACUUAAAUCUUAUCUUCAGACGAUACUUACUAAUGUAAUGUAGAUGUAUGUACUGCGAUGCAUAAUCACUCGCCAAUACACACACACACACAACAGACACAUACACGCAGCAAACUAAGAAGUUUGAACGCCGAUUGAUCUCAAUGUCGCUAGCGAAUUACGAACUACGAAUCCAACUAAGUCACUUAUCUCCUUGUUGCAUAUCUUAUAAGUUAGUGUUGAUUGUCAUUGCUCAAGAUGUGUUUUAAGUUUAUGAAUUUCACGAAGCAUUUACGAACCCCGCAAAUGCCACAUAUCUUGUACGCUGUAUAUUGGUGUAGUCGUGUUUCUUCCUCUUGGAGUUCAGGGUAUGCAUACACACGCGCUUUUGAAACAUUUUCGGUCACCGCCAUUUUCGGUCAACGCAUACAACGACUCUCGACACUCUUCGACUUGCAAUCAUUUGUGUUUCAAUUCGCGUCGCGACGCCACAAACAAUUGAGUGAUCUUCGAGAACGAGAACAAUUAGAGACGGCCUUAAACUGUAUCACACUCACAUUCUAUACACACACUUCACGAAUUUGUUGUUCGUGAAUUCAUCAUCCGUAGUGCGUGCGUGCGUUCACACUGUGUUCAAAUCUUUUCAAACAUUUCAUUUCUUGUAUUUGUAGCGUCAUGUGGUCACAUGUCUCUUUUUAAGAUUAAGUAUUAUUUAAAAUACUCACGCAGCGCCAAAAAAACGAUACUUUUUUUUACACGAAAGACUUACGUUGCUCUUGCCACACGCAUUGUGUUUGACUUAACUUAAUCGAAAAACAUUAGAGCGUAUCAAUUAGUAGCUGCAUGAAUGCAAACUAUGUAGUAAUGUGACUAACUAAAUGUAAACCUAUUUUACAUCGUCAGCCGCGCAUCGUGGAAACAAUUGACAGCUGACUCUUCUACCUAAUAAAAAUUAGACUAUCAUCGUUUACAGAUCGGAACACUAGUUGUCGAUUAGAUGUACACAUGUAAUGACACACUCACACACACACACACACACUGAAUCGUUGAUGAUGUAAAAUAGAGAGCGAUUUGUAAACUAAUUUGUAACCGAGCGCCGCGACAGGAAUUUUACCGCAAGCAACGCGCGAAAACACACGCCACACAAAGCUCGUAAAUUAUUUGUAAAAUAUGUAAUUUGUACAAUGUGUGUUUGUGACACUCGAAUAAUGAUCGCGGAAGAUUCAGCGACAAAACAGAAAACAAACAAAAAACAAACUAUUAGUUAUGAAAAGUGAUAAGACAAAGAAAUAAAGAAUUAAUGUAUGUUAUUGUAUUUAAGAUGAAAACAAACGCGCAAAAAAAUAUUUCAAACAUGUCGACGCUUCGAUUUUGUACGAAAACGACGAACGCUAUCGGCGAACAAGAGAAAUUCAAUUCGGGGUAAUAUCGAUCUGAGGCAAGAUCUGAGGAAGACAGAUAAUUGUAUUGAUUGUACUUUUAACGAUAUAUGAAAAUUUUAUUAUGUAAACGAUAUAAUUGAGCGAUGUGAACGCACAUUUGGCAGAAAACUGAUCACCAACUUCAUGAAUUUAAUUUUUUUGACGUUUGUGAUCAUUUGAGAGCUGAAUGUGCGAGUGAUGUGAAUGUAGCAUGCGUUGCGAAGUUUAUUUCGAUGCGGAGAGAUGCGAUUAACUACAUUUUUGAUAGUGCCUAUAGUGUUUGUUAGUUUCCGAGGCUAAUUUGCACUGGAAUUUUCUUGUACAUACCUUACGAUGACAUAAAUGUAACUGUAAGAUUUCUAUUUCUAAGCAAAGAUGACGAGCAAAACAAAAUGUCAACAAUUAGAAAACGCUAAUGACGAGCAUGUGAAGAGUGAAGGCAUGGUAAUUGUAAUUGUACUACGAUGCUUUUAGUUGACCAAUUCUCAUUGUUUUUAUUGAUGGAAAGGAAUUUAAUAUGAUGAUGACGAUAAGAAAUUUAUAAACGACCACUAAUUGAAAAUCAUUUGUUUUUAUACAAAUCGAUGAAGAUUCUUCUUCUUUUUUUACAUUUUGUCGCAAAUCAAGCUUUAAACGUUUAUAUAAUUUCCUUUCACAUUCAAACAAAUUUAAGUUGGUUUUCUGUUCCGUCUUUUGCGUGGCUCUUUGGUUUUGAAAUGUUCGAGCAGCACUGAUUUAAUUAUUGUGUAAUUGACGAUGAUGUUACGAUGCUGCCUUGUGAUUACGACUAGUUUUUAUUUUUAAACGCGGUUCGAAUUCGUUCUUUAUUCUCUGUAUCGUUUAGUUGAUUAAUUUAGUGAUUUAGUAUGAAUUAUGUUAACGAUGGGAAGGCGCCUACGACAAUUUGAAUCCAGUGCAAUAAUGCAGCACGAUUUUGACGCGGUGGGCGCGCGUUCCGGGUGAAAGCACACGAAUAGUGGAGCAGGAGAAAGGAUCUCAGGAGGAUCCGCGAAUCAAAAGUCGUGUGCGACGAUUUUUGCAAUUUGUAAAUUGAAAAUAAACGACUUAACAAAUAUA